AUGCAUUUUAUUACAAACCGCAGGACACCACAAAUAUUCGGGUUUCAAAUUCAGAUUUUGUCAUCAACAUUUUAUCGGAUACUGUGGAUAGGUGUUCCACAAAGAGAUAAAGCUGAUGAUCCCAGUUUUAAGCUGCCAGAUCCUGUUCGCACUGAUCGUUUAGUCAUGAUUCAUGAAUCUAGAACUAGUUCAUGCGAUGAUCAAAAGCAGUUAAAUUCCGCGAGUUCGCAUUAA